GAGAGAAAGACAGUAUCGUGGUUAAAUGUGGAAGUCUUCCUCUCUCAGCUCCAUGGCAAACUCAGCGUGUGUGCUGCUGUCCGGAUCUGGGAUGCUCCCUCAUUCCUUACACUGUCCGCCGGCGUUCCUCUACCUGUCCGGGGGUAAUCAGGAGCCCACCAAUCCGGCGGAUGCGAUGGCCCAGAGUUACCCCCCGCAGUACGCCCAUCCUCCGCAGAAUGGACUCCCCACUGACUUCACCACAACACACGCUCUUCCCACGCAAGACUACACAGGCCAGAACCGCGUCCCCGAUCACUCUUUGACGCUCUACACAGCGGCACAUACGCACAGCGACAGCAACACGCCAACCAUCUCCAGCAGUAUCAACACGGCAACGACGGAACACGUGACGCAAACGGAAGUUUCGCAGCAGGUGCAGCAUUCAGAAUCCACGGAAAAACAGCAGCCGAAGCGGUUACACGUCUCCAACAUCCCUUUCCGGUUCCGAGACCCCGAUUUGCGGCAAAUGUUUGGGCAAUUUGGGAAGAUUUUAGACGUGGAGAUUAUCUUUAAUGAAAGAGGAUCAAAGGGCUUUGGCUUUGUAACGUUUGAAACGAGCGCAGAUGCAGAUCGUGCGCGGGAGAAACUAAAUGGUACAAUCGUAGAGGGACGGAAAAUCGAGGUCAACAACGCCACAGCUAGAGUCAUGACGAAUAAGAAAGUAGUAAACCCGUAUACAAACAGUUGGAAAAUGAAUCCAGUUGUAGGAGCUUUGUACGGACCAGAACUCUACGCAGUCACAGGUUUCCCGUACCCUACAGCAGGUGCGACGGUGGCAUACAGAGGGGCUCACCUCAGGGGCAGAGGUCGUGCUGUUUACAACACCUUCCGUACGGCCCCUCCUCCCCCACCCAUCCCAGCCUAUGGAGCAGUGGUGUAUCAGGACGGAUUCUAUGGUGCAGAGAUCUAUGGAGGUUAUGCAGCAUACAGAUAUGCUCAGCCUGCAACGGCUACGGCAUACAGCGACAGUUACGGGAGAUUCUAUGCAGCCACUGACCCCUAUCACCACACCAUCAGCCCGGCGGCCACCUACAGUGUGGGAACCAUGUAAAUACAGCGAAAGAAAUUGUAGGAGAAAGAACUUCAGGACAGCAUGGAUCAUCAUGAGGACAGAAAAAAAAAAAAAAGUAAAGUUUUUAUGUUGUGUGCGUGAAAAUCUAUGGCUGUAAGAUGCAAAUCGGAGUUCUUAGGGGUCGACUAUUAAGGACUAUAUGAAGAAAAAACAACAAAACUCAUUGAAAAACAUUUUUUGCUCUAUAUGUUUGCAUUUACGGAUGGUGCAGAGCGGUUUGUGUACAUGAAGAGAUGCGAAUAUGUGUUACUCGGAGAUGGACAGUAAACUAUUGCUGAUAUGACCACAUGCAGGGAUCCAUACUCUAAAGCCCCGCCCACAACAUUAUCCACCAAUGAGAGGCGGACAUAUGAAAGGGGAGGAGUCAAACAAACAAGCUGAAAGCUGCAUGACAAAUGUGUUUCCUGUGGGUGGAGUCUUUGUGCUCUCUUUGUGCAUCACUUCCUGGAAAGGAUGUCACUUACGCCACAUGGGCGGCACUUCCUGUGUUUCAACUCACGUUCUCAUUGGGUGUUCUUUGAUCGCUUUCCUGUGGAGAGGCAUCAUCGGCCCACUUCCAGCUUCCGAUUCAUCCCUGUCUGAUGUGGGUGGAGCCACUUGUUAACUUCCAGUGGCUGAUGUCAUAACUCUCUGCGAUUGGCCACGCUAUUGACCAACUUCCUGUGGUGUUCCUGGUUACAACUUUUCUAUAAUUAAACUAAAGAUGUCAAUUUCUGAUCAGUGUUGUUCAGCAGUCAAGUUAGAGGUGAAGGUGGGCAUGUUUGUUUGGUGCUAAAUGUUCAGUGAGGGCGGAGCAAAA